GGCUCGGGGACGGACGGACCGAGCCACGGCCGGGAGCCGCCCGGGGCAGGGCUCGGGAGAGCGGGCUCCAGCAUGCGGCCCCAGCCCCCCAGGAGCCCCCAUGCUGCCCCGGCCCCCGGCGCGCUGUGCUAGCCUCCAGCCAGGGCGCGGGGAGGCGCGGAGGCCAUGGCCAGCCACGUGGACCUGCUGACCGAGCUGCAGCUGCUGGAGAAGGUGCCCACGUUGGAGCGGCUGCGCGCCGCCCAGAAGCGCCGGGCCCAGCAGCUGAAGAAGUGGGCGCAGUAUGAGCAGGACCUGCAGCAUCGCAAGCGCAAGCAUGAACGGAAGCGCAGCACGGGCGGCCGGCGAAAGAAGGUGUCCUUCGAGGCCAGCGUGGCCCUGCUGGAGGCCUCGCUUAGGAACGACGCCGAGGAAGUGCGCUACUUCCUGAAGAAUAAGGUCAGCCCUGAUUUGUGCAACGAGGAUGGACUCACAGCCCUGCACCAGUGCUGCAUUGACAACUUUGAGGAAAUUGUCAAGCUGCUCCUUUCCCACGGUGCCAAUGUGAACGCCAAGGACAACGAGCUGUGGACGCCCCUGCAUGCCGCGGCCACCUGUGGCCACAUCAACCUGGUGAAAGUCCUCGUUCAGUAUGGGGCCGACUUGCUUGCUGUCAACUCCGAUGGGAACAUGCCCUAUGACCUCUGCGAGGAUGAGCCCACCCUGGAUGUCAUCGAGACGUGCAUGGCGUACCAGGGCAUCACCCAAGAGAAAAUCAAUGAGAAGCGGGCAGCUCCUGAGCAGCAGAUGAUUUCGGACAUUCACUGUAUGAUUGCAGCCGGCCAGGACCUUGACUGGAUAGAUGCCCAGGGUGCCACACUGCUGCACAUAGCUGGAGCCAAUGGAUACCUGCGGGCAGCUGAGCUCCUCCUGGACCACGGGGUGCGCGUGGAUGUGAAGGACUGGGAUGGCUGGGAACCCCUGCAUGCGGCUGCCUUCUGGGGACAGAUGCAGAUGGCAGAGCUAUUGGUGUCCCAUGGGGCCAGUCUCAGUGCUAGGACAUCCAUGGAUGAGAUGCCAAUAGACCUGUGUGAAGAGGAAGAGUUCAAGGUCCUGCUGUUGGAGCUAAAGCACAAGCACGACGUGAUCAUGAAGUCGCAGUUGAGGCACAAGUCAUCCUUGAGCAGGAGGACGUCCAGUGCAGGCAGCCGCGGGAAGGUGGUGCGUCGAGCCAGCCUGUCGGACAGAACCAACCUGUACAGGAAGGAGUAUGAGGGAGAGGCCAUACUGUGGCAGCAGAGGAGUGCAGCCGAGGAUCAGCGGACCUCCGCCUACAAUGGGGACAUCAGGGAGACCAGGACAGACCAAGAGAAUAAGGACCCGAACCCCAGGCUGGAGAAGCCCGUGCUGCUCUCCGAGUUUCCUACCAAGAUCCCACGAAGUGAAAUGGACGUGCCUGUUGAGAACGGCCUCCGGGCUCCGGUCAGCACCUACCAGUAUGCGCUGUCCAACGGGGACGUCUGGAAAGUGCAUGAGGUGCCGGACUACAACAUGGCCUAUGGCAACCCUGGCAUGGCCGAUGCCACCCCGCCCUGGAGUGGCUACAAGGAACAGAGCCCCCAGACGCUUCUGGAGCUGAAGCGGCAGCGGGCUGCAGCCAAGCUGCUCAGCCACCCCUUCCUGAGCACCCACCUGGGUAGCGGCAUGGCCAGGACGGGUGAGGGCAGCAGCGAAGGCAAGGCCCCCUUGAUCGGAGGCAGAACUUCCCCGUACAGCAGCAAUGGGACCUCGGUGUAUUACACGGUCACCAGUGGAGACCCCCCACUCUUGAAGUUCAAGGCACCCAUGGAGGAAAUGGAGGAGAAGGUCCACGGCUGCUGCCGCAUCUCCUAGUCCCUGAGGGAUGGAUGCUUUGGGGAGAGGGUCCCUGGAAUGCAGGCCAGCCCAGCAGCCCUGGCUGGGGAGGCUUCAGAGGGCAGCUGUGGGGAGGUGGGCUCUGCUUUCCAGAGGAACGCUAACCUCACCUCUCAGCCAGCUGCCCAUAGCAUCACCACUUCCCAUGGUUCUGCUUCUUGCCGCAUUGUCUGCCAUCAAAAACAAGGCCCAUAGUGGCUUCCUGACUCAUCCUGCUGUCAGAUUUCGGGAGGGCGGGCUGGGAUUCCAGUUCUGUUGUUGGUAAAGGCUUCUCUGGACCAGUACUCACAUGUGACAUAUCAAUACACACACACACGCACACACAAUCAACAUGUAUAGGGAUGACACAGCUGGGCUCAUGGGAAGCAGGUGGGACUGAGAAUCUGUGGGCUCUUCCCAAGAGGACUGAAGUUAAGACUCAGAGUUUUGUCGCCACUGCCAACAUGGCUUUAGCAGGGGAGGAGGCCUGAUAAGCUGCAACCUGUCAGCCUGCCCAGAGCCCUACCAGGGUUUGGUAUCGUCAUCCACAUCCAGCAGGAGCAGGAGGUCCUCUCUGCAUCCAGAGGGAGCUAUGCGCCCACAAGGGGUGGAUGACACAGGCGUAGGCCUGCUUCCCACAGCCUUGCUUGUGCCAAGUGCCAGCUGUGUGAGUGCCCAGGGGCUGAGGUGGAAAACCUGGCUAUCCUAAUCCUGGAAUAAUCCAAAUCAUAUUUUGCUUCUUGGGUGCAAGCAUCAAAAAAUGGAGGGGAGAGAGAACAAAGGUAGUGUUUCCAAAAGUGCAUUUGGUAAAAGAAUUCUUUUAGGCUACAAAGCUCCAGGUUGGGAAGGGGGUCCACUGGAUUAGCUUUCUUUCCUGAACAGUAUCACGAUCACUAGGUUUUACUGACUGGUGUUGGACAAAUGAAGCUAAGCGAGAAACUUCAGUCGGAAGGGCUUUUUCAGGGAGAGAGGCGAGUUCAUGUUGUUAAUUUCUGCAGACAACUCUGGUAACGGUGACAGAGCCCAGCGCCCUGGCCGACCUUUGUGAAUAUUCGGCUGAUUUCAGUCCAGCCUGUCUCAGCCGGCCCUCCUCAGACUAAGCCAUCAGAGUGAGCAGUGGGGGGCCGCUGGGGCCCCUACCUCUCCCAGAGUGAAUGCUCAGCACUCCCAGCCCAGCUUUGCUUUUUCUGGAAUGCUUGGUGAGACGGGUUUGCCAGUUGGCCCUCGUGAGUUCCUGUCUGGCCCGGGGGCUCCCAUCCUGCUCCUGCCAGAGUGGUGACAGCCCAAAGCUGAAAAUCCAAGGUGCACAUGGUCCAACACCCCGCACUGCAUUCAGGAGAGCGGUGGUGGGGCUGUAGUUGGGUCUUGCCCCAGCUCUACUAUUUCAUAGCCCCAAUCUUUCUGAUGCUGGGGAGGGACGCCUAUGAGGGACAGGCUGCCUGCCACCUCUCCACUGCAUUCUCUCAUGAGCCCCUUUGAAAUUGUUGCCCAUGAGUGGGGCGCUGUCCGCGGGCUCAGCCAAAACCUUCUGGUAUAACUAACGAACUGCAGGUUUGUUUCCUGCUCUGUGCAUCCUUUACUUGUCUAAAACUACCUCUUUAGAGCUCUGAAGGGGCCCCUGAGGUCCAGAUUCUGGAAUUUGGGGGACAAAUCUGGGUUUCCUUUAACCCUUUUCUUUCUGAGCUUAUGAGAAAUUCUCACCGAGGGACAUCUGGGCCAGAGGCUGGGGCUGGAGGAGCCCCCUUGUGCCACAGUCCUAGUAAUGAGGUCUGCUGUUUGUCCCGGUCCUCCACUGUGGCCACCAUGGCUCCCAUAGCCCAGAGGCAGAGCUGGAUCCCAAGGGCCUUGCUGAUGCUUUACCAGGAGCAGGGCAGCUGGGUCAGAGAACAGUGCUCCUGGAUGCAGGGAGAGUCACAGCACCAGGCCACUCCCACCCCAGCUCUAGGACAGAUCCAGUCCAGGGUGGAAAGGCAGGUCAGGCGACUGCAGACAGGUGUGCGUGACGCCUACCACAUCCCUGGGGUCUGGGGCUGACGCUCCAUCAUCUCAUCCUAUGGCUGGAGCAGGGCAGGGAUGAUUCAAAACACACAUACCUUUUAGGCUUUAAAAUAGUGUUCAGAUCAGACUGACACUGAAAUUCCUCUUGAGCCGACUUGAGCUGCGAGCUGGGAGGUGCUGAGGGAAGACACACGCUCCUAGGAGAGAGCUGUGUACGUUUUCAGAUCUGUUUGCUCAGGGGCCAGAGACGGAAGGUAUUUAUUGCCCGCUCUGAGCCCUUCUGGCUAUUCCCUCCUUCCUCCUUUGCUUCCCGCCUCCUGGGCCAUUCCUCUCCCACCCAGAAGGCUGGGAAUCCCAGCUGAUCCCCUAACAGGAGCCAACUGCAGACUCUUGGGCUUUAGCUCAUGUUUUCAGUUGGGGAUAAACCAUUCCCUUCAAGUACCUGGGGGAACUUUCCCUGUGGGUCUCCUCGGUGUUGAGGGACAAGGUCAUUCAUUUAUUCACUCAUGUAGUUUAUUGAGUAGCUGUGACUCACCAGGCACUAUGUUAGGUUCCAGGGAUAACGGAAGAAUGAGAGAGUGAGGAGACUGCUCUUUACAGCUCUCAUCCUUUGUGGACCAUUCAAUUCACCUGAGACAGAAAGGCUGCAUCCUAGUCCAGCAACCCUUUGCUUUUCUUUUU